AUGCUUGGCCACAAUUUGCACCUUGCAUUAUUCGACAUUAAGCUCAAGUCGCCGCAUAAAAAUCUCGUGUUGAUCAGAGGCAGUGAAUUUGAUGUCGAGAAUGUGCUACUUGAAGGAAGCGUCAAACUUUCGCUAAAAGAAGACGCCCACAUUAAAAAGAUCCAGUUGAAUUUGGUUGGCGAGUUUUACUACGAAUACAUACAAAAAGAAACCCACGAGCAAAACUUGGACCGGGUAUGCGUUUUGAAAGUCGACUGGAAUAACUUGCUCACUAACGAUGAAGGCGAUGUCGUGUUUGGAAACUAUGGCGACACCACGGUGCCCAUGUACAAGAUGAAAAAGACCAGUCACCUGGAGAAGGGGUCGGGCCUGAACUCGGGAGCGUCAACGCCCCGCCCACAGUACCAUAGAACGAGCUCGACUCCCUCAUUCUCAAGCCAACACUCAUCGCUCUCCUCGAAGGAGAAAUCCAAGAUUAUCCAUAUCCCCAAAGCGGGGAUCGAUGGAACCCCAUACAAGGAUUUAAAAGAUUCGCACAGCCAUUCGUUUCUCUUGCCCAAGGGCAAUUAUAGUUUACCUUUUAAAAUCUUGCUUCCGGCGAACAUUUCCGAGACAAUCGAAGGCUUGCCCAUCGGCACCCUCUUGUAUAAAUUGCAAUGCUCGAUUGAGAGGGGGAGAUUUGAACGCACGCAUCUGGUGAGCAAACAUAUUCGAAUUGUGCGGACUUUGCACCCGCAGAAUAUCAACUUGUGCGACAGCAUCGAUGUCAUCAAUACCUGGGUGGGCAAGUUGCAAUACUGCGUGAGCAUGCCCAAAAAGGCGGUGGCCGUCGGGGCCACCAUCCCGAUACACCUCACCAUUGUCCCCAUUGCCAAAGGGUUGAGCAUCAGAGCUAUCAAUGCCUGUAUAGUGGAGCACUACCACAUUGCAGUGGACGGGGUACGUUCGCCUGAAUUUGAAAGAUUGUGCGGGAAACAACAGUUGCACAUUCCAAGCUCGGCCGAUUUGCCCUACGACAGAUGGGAGAUCAAGACCCAUUUCAAAGUGCCCGAUCAAUUGAAGCAGAUUACCCAAAGCUGCGAAGCGAAAAACAACUUGAUUACCGUUAAGCACAGGUUACGAGUCGCAAUCCAGCUCAAGAACAAAGAGGGCCACACGAGCGAACUCCGCGCCAACUUGCCCAUAUUCGUGUAUAUAAGCGCCAACAUUGGUCAUGUUCUUGGACGCCACUUUGACGUUGAUAAUCACCACGGAACUUUCCAAUUGGACUACCAGAAGCAAGAUCUGUUGUUCCAUAAAACCACCCACUCGGCCCCAACCACGCCCGCGGUAACGGACGACGAGGCAGACGAGAAUGGAGACGAAGACGGAGCCGACGCUGCGGAAGAAGGCGACGAAGACGAUGAUUUGGAUCGAGAAGAUAACGCACCGCCAAUGUAUGCGCGCCAUGUUUUUGACAAGAUUUUCGACAUGAACUUGCCGCAGACCCCGUUGGAGCAACUUCGUUCCCAAACUGGCACGCCCGCUGUUUCUGCAAACAACUCAACCACGGACUUGGGUGGCUACUUCAGCAUCCCCAUUGGACACGGCUCCGAGAAGAAGAAGACGAAGCAGGCGUCGAAAUCAGUCGACUAUCUACACAUCCCCACCUACGACGAGGCGCUAGACGACGACGACGACGACGACAGCUUCAUCAUUGAGGGCUUUGCUCCCACGUACUCGAAUGGAGGCAGCGGCAGCGAGACGGGAAGCUUGCGGUCGGGCUCCACGACGCCUAUACCGAGCAUCAUGAUCAACCCCAAGGCCAACGGCAGCUUUGGAAGCUUGAAGUUCCACAAGAAGAGCAACUCGGUGCCCCAUUCGAGAUCGCCUUCCACCUUGAAAGCCGACAAGUUAGGCGGCGCCGAAGGCUCAUCCCCUAGAGCGAGUAGCAAUAGAUUUUUUAGCAAGAAAAAAUAA